AGCCAUUGGUCGCUCAGAACUGGUCUCUAAGUGUCAGUGUGUCAGACAUGGCGGCUUUCACAGUAGCACGAAGCAGCUGUAGGCUGCUUCAUGGACUCCGAUCCGCUUUCAAAAGCCACGUAAGGAUCAAUGGAGCUGCUGCGGUUUCGGCACGAUCAGAUGUGCAGCUCCUGCCCCGGUGGUACUCAGUCAGCCACCUGUCCGUGCAAGAGCGGAUAGACAAGAAACGGAAGGCAGCGCUGGUCGGAGGAGGUCAGAAGAGAAUAGACGCACAGCAUAAGAGGGGAAAGCUGACGGCCCGAGAGCGAAUUGAGCUGUUGUUGGAUCCAGACAGCUUUGUAGAAUAUGACAUGUUUGUGGAACACAGGUGUUCUGACUUCGGCAUGCAGGCUGAUCACAAUAAGUUUCCAGGUGACAGUGUGGUGACUGGCCAGGGCCGCAUCAAUGGAAGACUGGUAUAUGUUUUCAGUCAGGAUUUCACUGUUUUUGGAGGCAGUCUUUCAGGAGCUCAUGCACAGAAGAUCUGUAAGAUCAUGGACCAGGCAAUGAUGGUGGGUGCUCCAGUCAUCGGCCUGAAUGACUCUGGCGGAGCCCGGAUUCAAGAAGGGGUGGAGUCUCUUGCUGGAUAUGCGGAUAUUUUCUUGAGAAAUGUGAUGGCCUCAGGAGUCAUACCUCAGAUCUCUCUCGUCAUGGGCCCUUGUGCUGGUGGGGCUGUCUAUUCUCCGGCCUUGACAGACUUCACGUUCAUGGUGAAGGACACUUCGUAUCUGUUUAUCACCGGCCCAGAUGUGGUAAAGUCGGUCACCAAUGAGGACGUGACCCAAGAAGAGCUUGGCGGAGCAAAAACACACACAGCUGUGUCAGGUGUUGCCCACAGAGCAUUUGAGAAUGACAUUGAUGCCUUGCUGAAUCUCCGAGAAUUUUUUAACUUCCUCCCUCUCAGUAACAAAGACGCAGCACCAGUGAUUGAAUGCCAUGACCGCAGUGAUCGCCUUGUUCCUGGCCUGGACACAGUAGUUCCCUUUGAAUCCACUAAAGCAUACGACAUGCUGGAUAUUAUUCACAGUAUUGUGGAUGAGAUGGAAUUCUUUGAAAUUAUGCCAAACUAUGCAAAGAAUAUUGUGGUGGGUUUUUCUAGAAUGAAUGGCCGCACUGUUGGAAUUGUGGGAAACCAGCCCAAAGUGGCAUCAGGCUGUCUUGAUAUCAACUCUUCUGUGAAGGGAGCCCGAUUUGUGCGGUUCUGUGAUGCCUUCAACAUUCCCAUCAUCACCUUUGUUGACGUGCCUGGAUUUUUGCCAGGGACAGCCCAGGAAUAUGGAGGCAUCAUCAGACAUGGAGCUAAACUGCUGUUUGCUUUCGCUGAAGCAACUGUGCCGAAAAUUACCGUGAUAACCAGAAAGGCUUACGGGGGUGCCUAUGAUGUGAUGAGCUCCAAGCACUUAAGAGGAGACGUGAACUACGCGUGGCCAACAGCUGAGGUGGCAGUCAUGGGUGCCAAGGGUGCUGUGCAGAUUAUUUUCAGGGGAAAGGAAAACCAGGAGGAGGCGGAAGCUGAAUAUGUUGAGAAGUUUGCAAACCCUUUCCCUGCUGCGGUCAGAGGAUUUGUGGACGAUAUCAUUCAGCCUUCAACCACUCGGCUGCGAAUCUGUCGGGAUUUGGAGGUUCUAGCAAGUAAAAAACAAACAAAUCCUUGGAAAAAACACGCCAACAUUCCUCUGUGAGUUUGUACCUGAAAGUGUAGUAUGUUUUAUAGCAGAUACGGUUUCAAACACCACCAAUGUCUUUCGGUCGUUUUUUGCAUAGACUGAAUAAAAUGAGAACAGAAAUGAAUAAAAUGUUUUUAAAAAUGAAAAAAUGCUUUUUUUUUUUUACAAAGUACAACCUUAAAAAUCAAAGCUAUAUUCUCAGAAGUGGGAAAAAUGGAUUAGUGAUCUAUGUAUUAACUGUAAUUUUGAUCUUAGCUGGUACUGUAGUGAUAUUUGUAAAAGGCAAUGAAAUAUCUCAACCUCGGAUAUACUCCUUGAUUGGUCAGGGCUUGAUAACAUUCACUCCAUGAAUUGGCUACAUUACUCUGCUCUCCUCCCCACUGAUAGCUGAUGUGUGGUGAGCGUUCUGGCGCACUAUGGCU